CUGCAGCUCAGCCCUGCUGAGUCCAAGUUUGGCCAUGGACUCUGAGUAUGAGAUUGGCCAUGUCCGCAAGCUCCAGGCUCAGCAUGCACAGAUGCAGGAGAAGACCUUCACCAAGUGGAUCAACAACGUCUUCCGACUGGGCCGGGUGGGUAUCAGGAUCCAGAACCUGUACACAGAGCUUGCUGACGGUGUCCACCUACUGCGGCUGUUGGAGCUUAUCUCUGGGGAGGCUCUGCCAACACCCAGCCCAGGCUGCCUGCGUGUGCACUUCCUGGAGAACAACAGCCACGCACUGGCCUUCCUCAGGGCCAAGGUGCCCAUACCCUUCAUCGGGCCAGAGAACAUUGUGGAUGGAGACCAGUCACUCAUCCUGGGACUCAUCUGGGUCAUCAUUCUCCGUUUCCAGAUCUCCCAAAUCUCCUUGGACAGGGAGGAGUUUGGGGCCAGUGCAGCUUUGCUGUCUGCUAAGGAAGCCCUGCUGGCAUGGUGCCAGCGGAAGACAGCAAGCUACACCAAUGUGACCAUCACUGACUUCUCCAGCAGCUGGAGUGAUGGGCUUGGCUUUAAUGCCCUCCUCCACGCUCACAGGCCAGACCUGCUGGACUAUGCCUCUCUGAGUCUGGAUCACCCUCUGCACAACCUCUCCUCUGCCUUCCGAGUGGCUGAGCAGGAGCUAGGCAUCGUGCAGCUGCUGGACCCCGAGGACGUGGCGGCCCUGCAUCCAGAUGAGCGCUCCAUCAUGACCUAUGUGUCCCUGUACUACCACUGUUUCUCCCGCCUGCACCAGGGGCGGACAGCCCAGAGGAGGCUGGCUAAGAUCCUGCUGCAACUCCGGGAGACAGAGGUACUGCAAGCUCAAUACGAGCAGCUGGUGGCUGACCUGCUCUACUGGAUCGGAGAGAAGCAGAUGCAGCUAGAGGCUCGGGACUUCCCAGACUCACUGCCUGCCAUGCGCCAGCUACUGGCAGCCUUUGCCUCCUUCCAUGCCCAGGAAAAGCCACCUCGGCUGCAGCAGCGAGGAACCAUAGAGGCCCUGCUCUUCCAGCUGCAGACAACACUCCGAGCCCAAAACCGAAAGCCGUACCUCCCUCGAUCGGGCCUGGGCCCUGCAGAACUGGCUCAGCGCUGGGCAGACCUAGAGAGGGCAGAGGCCUCCAGGAACCAGGCCAUGCAGCACAGGCUGCUACAGUUAGAGCGGCUGGACACCCUGGCCCGCCGCUUCCAGGGCAAGGCAGCCCUCCGGGAAAGCUUUUUAAAUGAGACAGCGCAGAUGCUAGACCAGGCCCGAGACUCCCUCGUCAACCCAGCCGCAGGGGAGGCAGCCACUCAGAGGCUGCUCAUGUUGGAAGCUAGCAUCCUGCCCCAGGAAGGGCGCUUCCAGGCCUUGGGCGAGAUUGCAGACAUCCUGCAGCAGGAACAGUAUCACAGCUGGGCAGAUGUGGCCCGCAGGCAGAAGGAGAUCGCCGGGCGCUGGCAGAAGCUCCUGCAGUGUCUACAGGAGCAGAGGAGGCAGCUGGCAGACACUCGGGCUGUGCUGAGCCUACUGCAGGAGGUGGAAGCUGCCACCGAACAGCUUGGGGAGCUGCAGGUGCCGGCCAGCUCCACAGCCUGUGGGCAAGAGCUGGCAGAAGUAGCGUUGCUGCUGCAGAGGCAUGACCUGCUAGAGGCCCAGGUCUCAGCCCACGGGACCCAAGUGAACCGUCUUGCCCACCGCACCGCACAGCUGGAUUCUUCCCAGGGCACCAGUGUGCAGAUGCUGCAGGCUAAAGCCCGGGCACUGGUUGAGCUUCACCACAGCCUCGCGUCUCUUGUCAGAGCCAGACGCACCCGGCUGGAGCAGACCCUGCAGCUGGCACGGUUCCUGCACAGCUGUGAGGAGGAGGAGACCUGGUUGAGGAAGCACAGACAGCUAAUGGAGAAGGGAGCCCUGGGCCGGGACCUCACUCAGAUCUCUACGGCUCUGCGGAAACACAAGGCUCUGGAAACCGAACUCCAUCGCCACCAGGCUGUGUGUGCAGAUCUCAUGCAGAGGGGACGCAACCUCAGUGUCAGAGGGCCCCCGACACAGCCAGAUCCCCUGGAAAAGGCUGAAGAGGUACUGGGAACAUGGCAGCUGCUCUGGACUGAAGCCGCAAGGAGGCGCGCCCGGCUGCAAAGUGCACUGUUGGUUGGGCAGUACUUUUCUGACUCAGCCGAAGCAGCUUCUUGGCUUCUCCUACGUCAGAAGCAACUAGAAAGCGCAUCCUGCGGGAAGGACCAGGCAGAGGCCGAGGCCCUGCUGCAGCGCCACCUGGUCCUGGAGCAAAGCAUGCAUGCCUUCAGAGAGGAGCUGCGCGAGCUAGAGGACCAGGGGCGGGCUGCGGCAGCAGCCCUGGUGUCACUCAAGGAGGGACCUGCAGAAGACCGGAAAAGGCUUGACAGAGACACAACUGGAGAAACUCAGGGUGCGGCCCAAGUUCUAGCAGCAACAGGCAGCCAGUGUUCACACCAGCAGAUGCCCUUCUCCUCCAGAGAAGAGGCCCUGAAUAUCGGGGAGCUGAAAGACUUGGGGAACAGCCAGAGCAGGAUGACCGUCAUCCACAAAUUAGAACAGAAACCCCAGGUGGUGUCUGUCAUGGGCCUUCUAGAGGAAGGCCCAAUGGUGGCUCUCCAGACUGAAUAUGACUUUGAUGUAGACUCCAACACCAUACUCCAGGCACAGGCUCAUUUGAGCCAGAACUACGAGAACCUAUGGGCCCUGGCAAAGCUUCACAGGGCCCGACUAGAGGAGGCAGUAGCGCUGUUUAGCUUCUACUGCUCCUGUAGGGAGCUCCAGUCCUGGCUGGAGGAGCAGACAGCACUGUUGCAAACGUUGCAGCCCCAAGGUGACAACUUAGAGGUCACACAGCUCAAAUGGGAGAACUUUCUCAUGACCUUGGCCAUCGGAAAAGGCCACUGGGCUGAGGUCAUCAGCACUGCUCAACAACUGAAGCAGAGAUGUCCAGGACACACCUUGAAAAUCCAACAACGGGAGGAAGACCUGAACCAGAGGUGGCAGCGGCUGGAGGCCCUGAAAGAGGAGAAGAGCCUGCAGCUGACACACAGCGUGGAGGUGUGCCGUCUUCUACAGGAGUCUGAAUCCACACAAGCCCAGCUGUUAAACAUGACAGGCAGGCUGAGGGCUCUGGGACCAGGAGGCUCUGAGGACAGCCUUGGUACCCUGCAGUGGAUCCAGCAGAAGGUCCUGGUACUGGAGAAGAGGAUCUCCUACCUCCAAAGAACAGCUAUGGAGGUGAUGGAGUCAGGCCCCAUAGAGGGUUGGCUGCUUCAGGAGCAGGUGCUGGUGCUGCAGGAUCUGCUGAGGCAAGUGCAGGGGCCGCUGGCCCAGCAAGUCCACACCCAGACUGAGGCUCGGGUCCGGCGGGGCAUCCUGCAAGAGAGCCAGAAGUUGCUGCUGUGGGCGGAGGGCAUCCGGGCUCAACUGUGCCCUGAAGAGGAGCUGGAGGACGUGGCCUCAGCCCAGGAGCUGCUGAGGAAGCAUGGAGGCCUACAGCAGGAGACCUGCCUGUGGCAAGAGAGGCUGCAGCAAUUGGAGGCUCACGGCCAGCUGGUGGCAGUCUCGGACUCCCCACAGUCCCAAGAGGUGGCCAGUGCCCUAAGGUUCCUGGGCCAGCAGGGCCAGCAGCUGAAGGCUCUGUGGGAGCAGAGGCAGCAGACGCUUCGGGACAGGCUGGAGCUGCAGAGGUUUGCCCAAGAAGUGGGGAGCUUCAUUGCCACCUGUGCCAGCCAUGAGGCCUUCCUGCCCCUGGACAAUCAUGGGGAGGACCUAAGAGAGGCCCAGAACCUGUGGCAGCAGCACCAGGGUUUUGGAUGGCUCCGGAGCACCCUGGGAUUUCGGGCUGAGGCCCUGAGGGUUCGUGGUGAGAAGCUGCUUCUGAGGCAACACCCUGCUGAGCACAAGGUCAGAGAGCUGCUGCACAGUGCCCAGACAUGGUGGACCAGGGCCCAGGAGAGGAGUGAGCAGAGAAGGGAGCAGCUGCUGGCCUCCCUCCAAUUGCAAGAAUGGAAGCAAACUGUGGCACAGUUAAUGCUGUGGAUGCAGGAGAAGUGGUCCAUGGUGGCCGAUGAACCCUCCCAAGCAUGCUGUAACGUUCUGCAGAAACUCAAGUGGCACAAAAUAACUAAGAGGGAGCUGUUAGCUACCCGUGGGUACAUGGAGGACCUCCGGCAGGCUGGGAGAGAGCUGUUGCGUGGCCACCCAUCUGCACAGGAGGACAUACAGGACAGACUUCAGGGUCUGAAUCACAAGUGGGAGGAGUUGCAUCACAGGAUGGCAGAGCAAGGGGACAAGCUGCAACAGACCAGACAGCAGGAGCAGCUCAUGGAGCUACUGCAGGAUGUCAGGGAAAUGCUGGAGCAUCUGGAGGGAGCCCUGCAGAGUACAGAAACAGGACAGACCCUGUGCGACAGCCUGAGGCUGCAGAAACAGCACUGUCGACUAGAGGACAAGAGUCAGGCGCUGGCCAGCAAGAUGGCUGCCCUCAUCUGUCAGACCCACCAUGCGUUCACUUCCCUGGCCAUCCUGGAGGAGAGCCAGAAGUGUCAGCAGAGGUUCAAGUCCCUGCAGAGCAAGCUGGCCACCCGGCGCCUGCAACUGCAGGCAUCAGUUGAGCUGUACCAAUUUAACUGCCUUAGCAACUUGGAGCUCACAUGGGUGGCUGAGCAUAUGCCCAGGACCAGUCCCACCUGCCUUGCCCAUUGCUGGCAUGAUGCCCAGAGCCUUCAACGUAAGCACAAGGUGCUCCAGGCGGAGGUGAAAACUCACACGGGACACGUGCAUAAGGUACUAAGUUCUGGCGAGAGUCUAGCAGCCUCUGGGCACCCCCAAGCUCAGCACAUUGUGGAGCAGUGCCAGAAGCUGGAAGGCCACUGGGCAGAGCUGGAGCAGGCUUGUGAGGCGCGUGCCCAUCGCUUGCAGCAGGCCGUCACUGUCCAGCAGUACUUUCUGAAGGUGUCAGAAAUAGAGGCCUGGGUGCAGGAAAAGUGGCCUCUGGCGAGCAGUCAGGAAUAUGGCAGCGAUGAUGCAGCCACCUUUGCGUUCCUUAGGAAACACCAGAUGCUGCAGCAGGAAUUAGCUCUUUAUUGGAGCUCUGUGGAGGAUCUUGAGCAGAGAUUCCAGACCCUCCCUGGAUUUGAGGCCUCUGAGCAGCUGGGUACAGUCCGGGAGCAAUUGCAGGCACUACAGAAGCUGGCAGAUGCAAGGGGCCAGGAGCUGGAAGGGACCCUGAAGCUACAUGAGUUCAUGAGGGAAGCUGAGGAUCUGCAGAGCUGGCUGGCCAGCUGGAAGCAGGUGGCCAGAGGAGGGGACGACUUUGGAGAGGACCAUGAGCAUGUGCUGCAACUCUGCACUGAGUUUGCAAAGUUUCAGAACCAGAUUGAAGCUGGUGCCCUUCGAGUAGAGGCCUGUCAGCAGCUGGCAGACAGCCUGCUAGAGUGUGGGCACAGUGCUGCCCCCAAGGCCCACCACAGGCAGCAGGAUCUGCGGGCUGCCUGGUCCGAACUGUGGCAGUUGACCUGUGCCCAAAGCCGCCUGCUCCAUGGCACAGAAACCACCCUCAGAGUCCACAGAGACCUUCUAGAAGUCCUUACUCAGAUUCAGGAGAAAGCUACAAGCCUCCCGAAUGAUGUGGCCCAGGACCUGCAUGGAUUAGAGAGGCAGCUGCGGAGACAUGAGGGGCUGGGACGUGAGCUGGCAGGGAUGGGACAGCGGCUGCAGGAACUGCUGAAGGCUGGGGGCAGGGUGCAGAAGCUGUGUCCAGGUCCUCAGGCCCUCGCCACUGUCCGGCAGACGCAGCAAACUGUGGCACAAGCCUGGGAGGCCCUCCAGCUGCAGGUGGAGCAGCGCAGGGCCCAGUUGGAGCGAGCACACCUCCUGCUCCGAUUCCACGCGGCGGUGAGGGACUACACCUCCUGGGUGGCCAGCAUGCAUCAGGAGCUUCAGAUGGAGGGCUCCUGGGAACCCGGCAACAGCCUGCUCAGGCUCAGAGCCCACCAAUGGCUGCGGGCAGAACUGGACGCCAGGGAGGAGCUGCAGCAGAGGGCCACUAAGCUAGGCCAGCAAGCACUUCUGGCUGCAGGGACACCCACUAGGGAGGUCCAGGAUGGGCUUCAAGCCCUACAGGAGGAACGUGACCAGCUAUUCAAGGCCUGGACACUCAAGCAAGAGAGGCUGCAGGCCAUGCUCCAAGAACAGCGCCUCCUCAGACAAUGUGAUCACCUGUCAGAGAUCCUCACAGCCCAGGAGGCAUUCCUAAAGGCCAGUGCCCUGGGGAGCUCGGGGGAAGAGGUGGAACAGUUGAUCAGAAAGCAUGUGAUCUUCCAAAAAGUACUCACUCUCCAGGACAAGAAGGAGGCAUCUCUGUGUGAGCAGCUGAGAACUGUGCCAAGCCCUAAGGCACAGAGCCUGGUUUCCCGCGUGCUGGAACAUCGGGCUCAAGUGAAGGCGCUGGCAGAGAGCCGGGGACAGGCCCUGCACACCUCCCUGAUGAUAGCCAGCUUUACCAGGGCAGCAACUCAGGUUGAGGACUGGAUCCAGGAGCGGGUCCAGCAACUGAGAGCCUGGAGCCCUCUUGGAAACCUAAAAGACCAUCUGAAGUACCUGCAGAAACACCAAGCCUUCAAGGCUGAAGUCCAGGCCCAUGAGCAGGUUAUCACCUCUGUCACCAAGCAAGGUGAAGGGCUCCUCAGACAGAGCCACCCUCAGACUGGAGAGGUCUCCCAGAAGCUCAAGACCCUGUGGGAGCUCUGGGAGAAGCUGAGGCAGACAGUGACUCUGCAGGGCCAGGCCCUGGAGGGUAGACGCAGCUUCCUGGAGUUCCUACAGGGAGUGGACCUUGCAGAGGCCUGGAUCCAGGAGAAGGAGAGGAUGGUGAACAGUGGUGACAUGGGCUUGAACCUUGAGCACUGCCUGCAGCUCUGCAAACAGGUCCACAGAUUACAGGUCACAGUGGAUGACACCUACAUCAGGAGAAUCAGAAACUUGUCACUGCAGCUCAAGAAGCAGAGCCCUGAGGAAUCUGAGACCAUCUGCCAGCGGCAAAACCAGCUCAACAGCAGGUGGAAAACUUUCCAUGGCAACCUGCUCCUGUAUCAGCAGCGACUUGAAGCGGCCCUGGAGAUACAUACAUUGUCCAGUGAACUGGAUGACAUCACUGAGCAGAUCAGGGAAAAGGAAUCCCUGAUCCAGGCCCUGGAGAGUACAGAGGAUUUGGAGAAUGUACAGAGGCUACCAUGGAAACAGAGAAUGCUGCAGCAGGGGAUGGACCUCAUCCAGACUCAGGUGGAGUCUCUUGAGGGCAAGGUUGGCCACUUCCUCAAGAGGAGUCCGGAGCUUGCCCACAGCCUCAGUCCUAAGCAACAAGAAAUGAUGGACAGCUGGAGGAAGGUCUGGAGCAGGGCCCAGAAGUGGAGGGAGGCCCUGGAUGUGGGCCACAAGGCGUGGAGGCUCCAGACACUACUGCGGGAUCUGCAGGACUGGGCACAGGGACUGAAGGCUGAGGCGGACAUGCGGGGCACCCCCUGCAGCCCCGAGAGAACCCAGUACAUGCUGCAAGGGCACCAGGCCUACAAGGUCGAGCUGGACAUUCAGACAGACAGCCUUAGGCUGGCCCGAGGCAUGGGGCAGCAGCUGCUUGCAUCUGGAUACCAGCUGGCCUCUGGGAUUCAACAGGCCCUGGCUGCUGUGGAGCAGGAAUUGAGUAGCUUGGAGGAAUCAUGGCAGAGGCGGCAGCAGCAACUACAGCAGGCCCUGGAGCAGCAGCUACUUCUGAGCUCUCUGGAAAAGGUGGAACACUGGCUAGACAGUGAGGAGUCCUCCCUACCUAGUGAGGGACUGGCGGGCCCCUUGUCCUCUGUGGAGACCCUUCUGUCAAAGCACAAGAGGCAUGAGCAGAAGCUUAAGGCAAGGGCUGAAGAGAUCAGUGCACUGGAGGCCACAGCCCAUGGCCUGCACCUGAGUGGACAUCCUGAGGCCCACAGCAUCCUGGCCAAGUGCCAGGCCCUACUCCUGAGGAAAGAAGCACUCACAGAGCAAGCAAGGGUGCGGGGGCGCCAGCUGGAGGAGCUUCGGACUUUCUUGCAGGAUUCCGAUGAGGUAGCUACAUGGCUGAGGGAAAAGAACCUUGUGGCUCUGGACAGGGGUCAGCAGGACCCAACCACGAUGCAAACACAGUUGCAGAAGCAGCAGAAUUUCCAGGCUGAGCUGGAUGCCAGUGUUCACCAGCAACAGGAGCUGCAGAUGGAGGGGCAGAGGCUGCUACAAGAAGGCCACCCGGCCUCAGAGACCAUCCAGGAGCGACUUCAAGAACUAGGAGGCCUCUGGGCUGAGCUCCAGACCAACUGCCAGAGGAAAAUGGCCAGACUACAGGGGGCCCUCAAGGCUCUGCAUCUACAGAAGAUGCUGGAGAAACUGGAGAGCUGGCUAGAGUCCGUGGAAGCAGAGCUGAGAGUCCCUGUCAAAAGCCAGGACCUCCCUGGGGUGGGCAAGCUCCUGGGGGUACAGGGAGAGCUGGAAGCAACUGUCGAGAGUCAGACCAGGCAAGUGCAGGAGCUGCAGGGUCAAGCCCAAGCCUACGUUCAGGAAGGCCACAGCCUCGCCAUAGGCGUGGAAGAGCGAGCCCAGCAGCUGCUUCGGAGGUUCCAGAGCCUUCAGGAGCCCCUACAAGAGCGCCGGGCAGCCCUGGAAGCCCAGCACCUACUCUUGCAGUUCUUCCGGGACGCUGAUGAGGAGAUGGCCUGGGUUCAGGAGAAGCUGCCGUCUGCCACAGCCCAGGACUAUGGCCAGAGCCUAAGCACUGUGAAGCACCUGCAGGAAAAACACCAGAAUUUGGAGAACGAGAUCAGUAGCCACAAGGCUCUGAGUCAGGUGGUGAUGGGUACAGGUCAGAAACUUGUGCAGGCCGGACACUUUGCAGCUGAAGAGGUGGCUGCCCGGGUGCAGCAGCUGGAGGUGGCUCUAGAGCACCUGCAGACAGAGGCAGCACAGAGGAGGAGGCUGCUGCAGCAGGCCCUGGAGGCCCAGCAGAUUUUGAUGGAGCUCCUGGAGGCAGGAUCCUGGCUAGCUGAACAGGGUCAUAUUCUGGAUUGUGAGGACCUGGGCCAGGAUGCUGAGGUCACACAGGUUCUUCUGCGGCACCUGGAGGCCACCAUGAGAGACUUGGAGGGGUUCAGGAGUCGCAUUGAGCGACUACAGCAAAUAGCAGCCCUUCUGGAGCGUGGGAAGAACCCAGGCAGUCCUAGGGUGCUAUCCCAGCUGCAGGCUGUGAGGGAAGCCCAUGCCCAGCUGCUGCAGAGGGCAGAGGGCAGGGGGCAGGCACUGCGUGAACAAUUGCACCUACACCAGCUGGAGCGAGAAGCCCAGCUCCUGGAUGCCUGGCUGACCGCCAAGUUGACUGCUGCUGAGUCCCAGGACUGUGGACAAGACCUAGAAGGCAUCAAGGUGAUGGAAGCCGUAUUUGGUGCUUUUAGCAGAGAAGUCCAGAGCCUGGGGCAGGCCAAGGUCCAGACCCUGAGGGAGCUGAUGGCCCCCCUGGAAAGAGGAACACCCAGGUUCUAUCCCCAGAUUCAAGCCCAGAAGUAUCGCAUUCAGGCUGCUUGGGAGAGGCUGAGCAAGGCGGUAGAACUCCGUAGAGAGAACCUGGCUGCAGCCCGUGAGCUCCAGAGCUUUGAGCUGGCUGCCUCAGAGCUCCAAGGUUGGAUACAGGAGAAGACCACCCUGCUGGAGGGAGAGUUCCGGGUCCACGGCCUGUCACCUGCACAGCCCCUGUGGCAGAAGCAUAGGUGCCUGCAGAGAGAACUGACAGCUAUUGAAAACCAGGUGGCAAGAGCACAGACGGAGGCCCAUCGACUGGGCCAGCACUACCCCGUGGCUCAGGAGGGUCUGGCUGAGUGGCUCACCAAGGUGCAGGGAGUCCAGGCCAACCUGGAAGCUAAAGUCCAGGAAUGGAGCCAGAAGCUGUCCCAGGCUACCCAGGGCCACACCUUUCUUGGGCGCUGUCGGGAAUUGCUAACGUGGUCUCGGGAGCUGCUUUCCUCCAAGGAGCUAGCUGAGGACGUGGUGGGAACCAAGCAGUUCCUUGAGCAGCAUGAGGAACUGGACCAAGAAAUUCAGGAGUGCUGCCUUCAAGCCCAGAACACACGGCAGGAAGGACAGCAGCUGCUAGACAACGGUCACUUCAUGUCCCUGGAGGUGGCAGAGUGUCUGCAGGAGCUGGAGAGACAUCUGCAGGAGCUUCAGGUAGCACGGGACCUGCGUGGGCAACGCUUUGGGCAGAGCCAGGGCCUGCAGCGGCUCCGGCAGAGGCUGGAGCUGGCUGAGGCCUGGCUGGCCUCCCAGGAAGGCCUGCUGCUGGACCCCAGCUGUGGGCGCUCGGUGACGGAUGUGGAACGUCUGCUCUGCAGACACCAGGCCUUGGAAAAGCUACUGGAGGCCCAUGAGGAGAUGUUCACCCAGCUUCAGACAAUGACAGAGGAGGUGAAGGGCACUCAUGUCAUGGAGGGGCCUGUGAAACUUAAGCAGCAGCCUCCCACAGAGGGGAUGCCGCCCAGCACCAGCUUCUGGAACAGUAGCCAUGGGAUCAUGGCAAGCAGAGCCCUGAGCCUGUUUCCGGAUAUGAGGAAGGCAGUGGGAGAGCUGGCUUACGUAGCUCCCCUUACGCCUGAGCGUGAGAGACUGGAGAACAGGAAGCACACUUUCUCCCCAAGGUCUGAGCCUUGAUAUGAAUCCUGGGGCAACACCAAACCUUGGGGCUACAAGUGAAGACAAACUAGGGAGCCACUGGCCCCCAGGCACCCUUCCCCGGCUGCUGAGGACCAGCUUCUAGAAAACAGCCCCCGUUACAGGAUAAGUGCUGCUGUUGUCAUGUUGAUCCCGGCUAUGACUGAUGAUGCUGAAUCUUUUUACCCCAAGGUCUCUGUUUGGACAAAGAUGGGAGUCUGACAAUCUGGACAGGGCUGGAACUUCCAUGCUAGUGGCCUCUUGGAAAGAUGCCCCGUGAAACUAAUAGCCUGAUACAACCAGAUAAUCUUGGGACAGCGCCACCCAAGCGCCUCCCAUUUAUAAGAGCCCCUGUAACAUGACACAUUGUCCCUGUCAUGCACCAACACUGUCCCAUGAUGAGUCCUUCCUAGGGGUGAGCUAGGCCACCCCUAAGUACUGAAUGAUGGCCUAGCAACUCUGCUUGCAGCCUAGACUCUCAUACAGGCUGCUGACAGGCUUAGUGUCACCUCUGGAGAUUCCAGACACACAUCCUUGCAGAAUUGGGCUCUGGAGCAGCACUUGGUGACACUGGUCUUCAACUCAAAGCAGAAAGGGAAGGAGUGGAAUGGAAGGUCAAAGGUUCCCAGGUAGGAAUCCCGCCAGGUAUCUGGGCCAUCACUCAGGCCUGCACUGUUUGCGCCGUCUCCGCCGCUGCACGGCCUGGUGCAGGGCUUCCCGCAACCGUUCCUGGUUGUUGCAGAUGUUGUAAUGUGUAAGGCGUAACAACUUGUCCACAUCC